AAAAUAGAAAGAACUGAUCAGAAGAAAAAAAUGAAGAAGACAGGGAGAGGGAAAGAAAUAACAUCACAAAAAGAAGAAGAAGGAAGACUGAGGAAAGGGCCGUGAACUAUGGAAGAAGAUUUGAUCCUCUUUAAUUACAUCCUUAAUCAUGGUGAAGGUCUUUGGAACUCCGUCGCCAAAGCCUCUCUGACCUGCAAUUGCUUGGGCAACAGGAUCUAAUUGCAAUGGUGGACGAUGGCAAACAUGAUGAACCUCCAACACACGCUGUCACCUUUGUGUGGAAUGGACAUGAGGGGGAGGAUGUAUUGUUGGUUGGGGAUUUCACUGGAAACUGGAAAGAACCGAUAAAGGCAACGCACAAGGGUGGUCCACGUUUUGAAACAGAAGUUAGGCUUUCACAGGGAAAAUACUACUACAAGUAUAUAAUCAACGGUGAUUGGAGGCAUUCAACAACUUCACCAACGGAGAGGGAUGAUCGAGGAAAUACUAACAAUAUAAUAGUGGAGGGGCGGAUGGACGUUGUUGACUACGGGGGCACGUGCCCCCUACUACUUUAAAAAAAAAAUUGUAUAUAAUAAUAGUUAUGUAUAUAUAAAAUUGCAGGAUAAGUAAGAAAUGUAGAACACUAUUAUUAUAUGUCCAUAAGUCUAAUGUAGCCCAAGAUAAGUUUAGUUUUAAAAAACCCAAUCAAAACUAAAAAAAAAGUUAAUAAUGGAAGUUUUUAAUUUUAAUCUAGUAUCACGACACUAACUAUGGGCGGAUACUUUUUUCGA